GGAAUGGGAUCACGAAUCGUUAGUUUUGGUUUAUCUCAAAUGUGUGUCUGCGUCGAGUUUAUUGAUUUUCAAAAAGGAUGGCGGCUUUACAUAUGUUCCGAAUGAGAUUGUGUUUUACCUUCUUAUUCGUAUUUGAUUUGACAUGCUGCGAAGUCAAAAAGUACCCAUUAUUAAUGCCCGAUGUUUACCCAAACAGAGACGAACUUUACCUGUGCACACCGGUGAGAAUCGUCAACGAGAAGAGUUUCUACAUAGUCGGUUUUGAGCCCAAUGCAACCAUGAAUGUAGCCCAUCACAUGUUGCUGUUCGGCUGCAACGUACCAGGCGCCACAGACGAUAUAUGGGAUUGCGGCGAGAUGGCUGUGUCCGAUUCCGGUGGCAAUUUGAAGAAGGCCAGUCCCUGCAAAGAUGUGAAUCACGUGAUAUACGCUUGGGCGAGGGACGCCAAGACUCUCGAGUUGCCUGAAGACGUUGGAUUUCAAGUCGGACAAGGAACUGAUAUACAUUAUUUGGUUCUUCAAAUUCACUAUUCUAAAAAAUUUGAAGUCGGGCGCACGGAUAAUUCAGGAUUAUUUUUAAUGUACACUGAAGAACCUCAAAAUAAGCUAGCUGGUGUCUUGCUUUUGGGCGUCGGAGGAUUAAUUCCUCCCAAGAGCACGACCUAUAUGGAAACAGCGUGUCAGAUCCUCGAAGAAAAGGUCAUUCAUCCAUUCGCAUAUCGAACUCAUACACAUUCUUUAGGAAGGGUGGUUUCUGGAUACAGCAUUAGAAGAGACUCGAACGGUUUGGACCAUUGGAGUUUAAUAGGCAAAAGAGAUCCUCUAACACCCCAGAUGUUUUACCCAGUAUUCGACAAGACUCCCAUCACAUACGGAGACCGGGUGGCUGCAAGGUGUACAAUGGAUAGUUCAUCGAGAGACAGAAUCACGAAAGUGGGCGCGACGAAAAACGAUGAAAUGUGUAACCUUUACAUCAUGUAUUACGUGGAAAACGGUACGCCUUUGCAAAUGAAAUAUUGCACGACUGAAGGUCCGCCCUAUUAUCAUUGGAGCAAUUCCUAUAAUGAUUUGAAUAAUAUACCUGACGUCGAAGCGUCAACGCUGGAUUAAACUUAGAUGAAACGACCAAGACUUCCCGCCUGCAUAUGUUUAUGAGACGUACUUAAUCUAUUGUUGUUUAUUAAUAUUUUUAUAACCAGUUUUUUUUCACCACACAUACACAUACACUCUAUUAAAAUGCAACUAAUAUAUUACAUAAUCGUAUUCUAUUCGGAAUUAACAUAAACGUCAAUUCUAAACGUCUAUUAGAGUUUUAAUAACUUUUAAGAAUGUAAGGUGAAUAUUCCGACAAUAGCAAAAAGUACAUUCACUUUAUAUUCAUAGGUAAAUCUUAUAAAUGUGACUUUUAUUUUGUGCGGUGUUUGUGUUUGUGUGUGUGUAUGCGUAUUGAUCAAUCCAUAUUCUCUAUAUCUUUAUAGGCUGUAGUUUAUCAAGCGAAUAUGCCAGAUUAGCGCACUUACUGAUUUGCACGUAGUGUGUUAAUUUUUAAUCAGAACAAUUCAAUCAAAUUGAUUGCGAGCGAUAUUUUGUAAUUGUCAAUUAGCAAAUUUUCUUUGCGUAUCUCUCUGUUCGCGCUAUUAGAACUUUUCGCGUUAAAUUUGUCUGUUCGAAUUGCACAAAAUGGUGUCGAUUCUGUUACCGUGAAUACCCGAUACUUGAACCAGAAUUAACUGAACAGCUGAUGCUAAUUUUUAGCAAGAAAUUCGGGUUUUACGGUAACAAUGCUACCUCGCAACGAUUACAAUAUUGUAAAGUAAAUUUUACUAUUCACUGUUCGCCGACUUGUGUAAGUGAUGUCAAUUAUUUUGUUCAAUUUCUCGUUGUAUUUUCCCGGUGAAAAUCGUUUGAGUGUAAAUAUUAAACGUAUACAAGUUUAUUUUCAUCACAGUAAAUGAGAUUAAAAAGCGGUACAUUGUGUAAAUUUCUUACAUAAGUACGUAGGUGUUAUGUGUAUUCACAAAAUAAGAAUUCUGUUUGAUGGUUUAUUAGAGAUGUUUAUUAAUUAAUGUAGUAAUUUAAUUGUUAGGGAACAUUUGUUUUUAAUUGUUUUUAAUUCAUAUGCAAAAGCAGCUUUCUAUUAUCAUUCAGGGAAUUUAAAAAUCAUAUCAGGAGCAAACUGUCUUGCGUUAACUUUCUAUGCUGUGAAAUGUUUUAGUCAAUUUGUACUAAUUUAUAUUUAUAGAAGAGAGAAUAUAGAUGAAAUGAUAUGAAACAGUAUUAAAUAUUAUAUUUUUGUUUAAAAGGAGCACUUAAAUGAUUGUAUUGCACUAUUUAUGACAACCAAAGUGUAUUUUAGAUUUAUAAACUAUUUAUAGUUUUUGUAUCACUGAAAUAUUGGGAAUACCCUGUAUAUCAACAAUCACUAACGUACAGGAUCAGUCAACAAAACGUUGAUUUCUUUUUGUUAUAAAUCAAUUAUUUAAAUUAGAAAUUUUAUUGUUCCUAAAUUUUGGAAAAAGAUUAUAAGAAUUUUUAAUAAUUUUGGAAAAUGCCAAUUCGUUGACUCACCCUGUAUGCGCGUCAUUAGUGAAUGCGUCGCGUUUCCAUGGCGAUUCGUAGCCAAACAAAGAACCAUCAACUUUGUAGGGUAAUAUGAAUUUUAAUGUGAUUAAUAUUCGUUCAUUUUACUUUGCCUUUUUAUUCCACUUUUUGAUCACAAUACAAAUUAUUUUUAACAUGUUUGUUGCAGGAAAACUAUAAAUAGCAAAGUAAUUAAAUCCUACAAGUUGUAUUUACAACAUCGCGACGGCUUAUUAAUUUAUUUUCGCAAUUACUUCAGUGAUACAUUCUAAUCAAAAACAAAAACGUAUAUUAGAAUUAGAAAAAUUUAUUGUACAUAAGAUUAUAUUAUAUUUUUAAUUGGAAUAAUAUUAU